AUGUAUAUAUAUAUUUUGUUANAAGAAGAAUAAUUGAGAAGAAUAUUAGAAGAAAAAGAUAAAAAAGAAAAAGAAAUUUAAAUGAAGAAACAUAAUUUUUAAGAGUUCAAUUAAAAAUAAAUAACAAAAUUAAAAGAAAUAAUAUCAUAAGGAUAAAACAAAUAAUAAUAAUCAGAAAAAGAAAAAUAAGAUUAAUUGAAAAAAUAAAAAUAUUUACUAGAAUAAGCAAGAUCAAAAAUAUUAACUUAAAAUUAAUCAAGAAUAUAAGAAUAAAAGAAUUUAGAAAAAGAGAUUGAGAAUAAAUUUAAAUCUACAUCAUAUCAAAAAAUAAUAGAGAAAUAUUAAUUUGGAUUGAAUUCUCUAUUCUAAUUCUUAAUUAAAGAGACAUUUCUACCAAUUGGUUAACCAUCUUCAAGAGAAUAAAUUACUUUUAAGACUUUUGCCUGGUUUACAGAUAGAUUUAAUCUCUGUCCUGAAAUUGUAUCUAAAGAUGAUGUUCUAUAACUUUUUAGAUAUUUAACUAGAUCUAAAGAAGUUAUAGAUGGUAUACCACCAGGAAUGAAUUACGAUGAAUUUUUAUAAGCAUUACAUAGAAUUUCAAUUAAAGGAAGUGUUAUAUUUAAUAAAGUUGCAGUUAAUGUAAAAUCUUAAAAAGGAAAACUUGAUAUCAAAACUAUUAAAUAGAUUGUAGAAGCAGAACAAAUUGUUGAUCAAGAACCUUAAAGUCAAUCACCAAAAGCAGAAUCUAUAGUAAUAGAGACUCCUUUAAGAAAUAAAUCUAAAUCUAAUUAUCUUGAGUCAUCUAAAAUAUUGAAAGAAUAAUAAAUAUUUUUCCAAUAAUCAAAUGAAUAGACAUUUGAAUCAUUAAUUCUAUAUUUAGAUGUGAGCAAUGAUAAAAAUUAAUUAGAUUAAAGAUUUAGAAAAACAUUAGAAGAAAGAAAAGUUCCAACUAAAUUGAGAAGAAAAAGUAAUUAUAAUAUUUAUUUUAGUUUUGACUGAAAAGCUUGGAAUUUAGAAUUGA